AUGCAUUUUGGACUCAGAGGUUGCAAAGAACACAGAGACAUGUGUUUGGGCGAUGUUAAGUUGAAGCAAACAGCAGACGGUGAGGAAUUUUUAGAAUUUAAUGAAAGACAAACCAAAACAAGAACCGGUUCAGAUUGCCGUGAUGUCAGAAAAAUGGCGCCUAAAAUGUUUGCUACUGAUGGGUCGGAAAGAGAUCCUGUCGUGGUCUACAAACUUUACGAGCGGAAGAGACCAGGAAAAAUGAACGAGGAUGAUUCCCCUUUCUACCUAGCUGUGAACAACACAUUAAAGAAAGAGUCGCUUCAAACGAAAGAGUGGUUCAAGGCCGCUCCU